AUGAAGUCGAAGAGUCCCCUUAUGCUCAUUGCCCUCAGCCUUCUCUGCAGCCUGAUGGUUGCUGAAGCAGCCACAGACUACAUUUCCUGUGACGAUCCCUGCAAUGGAGGCGAUGUGAACUAUGAUCUUGUCAGCACUGUGGAAACCGUCAAGUUGAUGAACUACACUUAUCGUGGCCGAUUCUACAAGUCUGGAACGGAUGACAAUCGAGGCAUUGAUGGUUUCCCAGAGUCUCGCUUUAUGGGUCCCACGAUGCGGGUCAAACCGGGCCAAUCCCUGUGGAUCAAGCUUAGCAACGAAAUGGAUUCUUCCGACAUUGGUCCUACCCCACCCACUGCCGCAGACUACUGGGUCAGACUCCAAAAGCCAGGAGAAGCCAUCAAGUACAAAUACUACCAAUUGCCCGUGGAUGAUCCAUCUCGCAUGUUGGUGGACACUCCCAACAUCCCCGGUCACUUUGAUUCCACCAACCUUCAUGUGCAUGGAUUGGAUGUGGAAGUGCACAUGUUUGAUCCAGUGGGUACCCACAACCCCGAUGCUCCUCACAUCAAGAUUGAUCCAGGCGAAUGUUAUUGUUACAAAUUCAACGUGCCAGAACACCACCCCGAAGGACAGUACUGGUAUCAUCCGCAUCUUCAUGGAUCCUCUGCUGUCCAGCUUUGGGGAGGAAUGUUUGGUUUGCUUCAUGUGGACGGUGGAACUCUUGAGAGUGAACUCGGAGGAUAUGGAAUUACCACCACCAAAGACUUUGUCAUUUGGGAUCCAGCCUUCCAGAACGUUGACAAGGACACCCACAACAUUGAAGUGGAUGAAUUCCUUGAAGGCCAGACCACCCUUUCCAAGAUUCAUCCUUUCUUGGUCAAUGGAGAGAUGAACCCAACCUUCGAGACUGCCACUGGACAAGUUCUUCACCUUCGAGUUCUUUGCGCAACCAUUGAAAACGAAAACACUUUCAUUGUUUACGAGGAUGGACGUGAAGAGGAGUUCUGGGAUGACGCUGGAUUGGACUUUUGGGUCAUUGGUGUUGAUGGUGUCAUGUUCCGCAAGCCCAGUCGAAAGCACAUUGCAGUCUUGGCAGGAGGCCAACGAAAUGAAAUUUUGUUGCAGUUUGACAAACCUGGAAACUAUGUCAUUCGCCAACACGGAAUUGAUGGCAUGCAGUUCUUUGGCAUGCGUGGCCACCCACAUAAUCAAACACUUGCAACCAUUCGUGUCACCGACGAUGAAUCGGCACCAAAACCUUCCAUUCCUAUUGAUGAUAUGAUCUUCACACCUGGUUAUGAUGAAAGCAAAUCCAUCCAAGCGCAUGAACUUGUGAAAUCGGAAACCAUUGUCUUUUCCAUGGGAGCCGAUCGCAACAAGGCACCAUUUCCACAAUACUUUGUGAAUGGAAAGGCCUUUUCUCCGGAUCGUCUUGACUUUUUGGCUCACCCUGGAGAGGCACGCGAGUAUGUUCUCAUCAAUGGUAAUCACAAUGUCCAUCCUUUCCACAUUCAUGUCAACCGAUUCCAAGUCAUUGAAAUGGGUAGCGAACUAUCCGCUGAAACGUACCCGGUUCUCAAGUCUGUUAUGGACUUUGAGCCAGGCCUAUGGCGUGAUACAGUUGUGUUACCACCCAACGGCCGAGCUCGUAUCUGGGUCAAGUACGGAAAUCACACUGGAAAAACACUCUUCCAUUGCCACUUUUUGGCUCAUGAAGAUACCGGUAUGAUGUCCACGCUUUUUAUUGGCGAGCCCGACUUUACGUUUUCGAGAUGGAAGGUCGCCAACAUUGAUACCGUCAUUAUGAUUUGCGUUGGAGCCACCGUCCUUGUGGUAGGAAUCUUGUUUGCUGUCUUGUUCUCGAGGAAUAGCGCUCCAAAGGAUUACAGUCCUGUUUCUGUUGGAGAUAUAGAUGAUGAUGGGACUGAACAAGAUACAACUGAAGACAGAGACGGGAAGUGA